UGUCGAUUUUCAGACGAGCUUUGGCCCUUGGAUGCAUCUUUUCCUUACGGUAUUACCUCUUGUAUGAUUCAUUCUCGAGUUCAAAUGGAAUUGAAACUCUGCAAUUGUACGCUGCCCUUUGCACCAGUCGAAUACAAAAGCCAGUAUUGUAAUUACACACAAACAAGAUGUGUUGAACGAUCGAUCAACAGAGAUUUAGUGGAUGACUAUCUUUGGAAUAUGAAUCCAUGCCUUUCUACAUGUACAGAAAUGCAUGUUGGCUUUGUCGGACAUAACGUAAAGGAAAAAUCCAUCGGAUAUAAAUCGGUUAACAAAAGUGAUCAAACGGACGGCAUUACGUCAGUGACCAUUGAAAUAAAUAGUCAACCGAAACUAUUGACUCGAUCAGCCCGCCUUACAAAUCUAGACUUGGUCAUCACCAUAGGCAGCAUUGUUGGUAUAUUUUUCGGUGCAUCGCUUCUCAGUUUGAUCGAAUUUAUUCACCUAUGGAGUUUGUCUAGAUUUUAAUUUAUUUCAAUUCAUUUUAUAACUAAUU